CCUCACCUGGCCUACGGCAAGCGGGGCUCCCCUCCCACCAUCCCAGGCGACGCGGUGCUGCGGUUCGAGGUGGAGCUGGUCGGUUUGUCCCGGGCCAGUUACUGGCAGAAGGUGGUGAACGAGGUGCUGCCGCUGCUCUGCCUGGGGCUGGUGCCGGCGCUGCUGGGGCUCAUCGGGUACCACCUCUACCGCAAGGCCAGCAGCCCCAAGCUCUCCAAGAAGAAGCUGAAGGAGGAGAAGAGGAACAAAGCCAAAAAGAAAUAA